UACCCAUGUGCUCACACCAGCCAUUUAUAUAUUUAUACCCCACAAUUCAUCGCACGCUUCUCUCUGCUUUCAUUUCAUUUCACACCCAACCAUUCUUCUCAAGUUUCUGCCAAAAAGAUGACGUUUGCUCUGCAAAAUAACGGAGGAGUUAGCAUCGGACUGUCCUCCUUAGCCCACUGCGUCGCGAUCUGCGAUCAGGAUUUUCCAGCUGAGGAUUCUGAUUCCAGCUCCGACUCCUCCAUCGGAAGGAACAGCGUCUCGUCGGAAGAUUCCUCUGACCACGAAGAUGCCCUUGAGGUUCAGAGCUCCUUCAAAGGCCCUUUGGAUACCAUGAACGAUCUAGAGGAAGAUUUACCAGUCAAGAAAGGCAUAUCCAAGUUUUAUAGUGGGAAAUCGAAGUCAUUCACAAGCUUAGCAGAUGCUGCAGCUGCAAGUUCUAUGGAAGAGAUAGUGAAGCCAGAGGACCCUUAUGCGAAGAAACGCAAGAAUCUAAUAGCUCGCAAUGCAUCGAUUGAGAGGAGUCGCAGUUGUGCAAGUAACAUUGGUGGAAUAUCAAAGCGACCAUCAAACAUUGGUCGAGGAGCAUCCCUUCUGAAUCUGCACAGUAGUGAAGAGGGUAGCAGCUCCUCAUCCAUAUCUCCUCCAUUCCCUCUUCCUCCUCUUCAUCCACGUGCCAACAAUAGGUCAUCACUGCCUCAACCUUCUUCUGCCACACGAAGUGUUCCUUGGAGGUCAUAUUCUUGGUCUGAUCUAAAUGCUAUUGCUGAGGCUCAUGAUAUAUCUGGUUUGGCUAUUUGUAGUGGAAACUAAAUUUUUGACACUAAAAUGUAACCUUUUAGUUGGUAGCUGGUUCACAUUCGAGUUUGUUUGUAAUGCCACAUUACUUUGUCAACUCCUCAUCAAUGUCGUCGUAUGUAUACCCAACUGACUAGAGUGUUGUAUAUUAUAUCUCAGCUUUUGGUUAUUCACUCCU